AUGAAGCAGAAACAGGCAGAAGUGGAGCUGAAGCUAGAAGAGGAAAAAACGAAGCUAAGAAUGUUGCAAGCAAGCAUGGACGUGAAGGUGGCUGCAGCUCGAGUUCGAAUUUACACUAAACUAGAAGGUGAUGUGGAGAACAUGAUUCUUAGUGAAAACAUCCAGCAGAAAGAGGACGGUCACUUGGAGAUGCCUCUCCCAUUUAAAGGCUGUAAUCCCCCGUCAUUGCCUAACAAUAAGAAGUUGGCCAUAAUUCGCCUGCAGCACUUAAAGAGGAAGCUCAAGGCAAAUCAACAGUUUUAUGAUCAUUACAAGGCGUUCAUGGAGGACGUGAUCAACAAAGGGGACGCAGAGCCAGCCCCAGAGGUAUCUGUCAGAGAGGUUGUUUGGUACAUACCCCACCAUGGUGUGUACCACCCGAAGAAACCUGGCAAAUUGAGAGUUGUAUUCGACUGUUCGGCUAAAUUUUGUAGCAUAUCGUUGAAUGAUACUUUGCUGACAGGCCCCGAUAUGAUCAAUUCCUUGGUGGGAGUUCUCUGUCGUUUCAGAAAAGAGAAGGUGGCAGUCAUCUGCGAUAUUGAAAGGAUGUUCCAUCAGUUCCUCGUUACACCUGAAAAUCGCCGCUACUUGAGGUUUCUAUGGUGGGAGCAUGGAGACCUUGAUUGUGAGCCUAAGGAAUAUCAGAUGGCUGUCCAUCUCUUCGGCGCCGCUUCCUCUCCAGGGUGCGCUAACUUUGGUCUGAAGUAUCUUGCACAGCAAUACAAGGCACAGUACCCCUCUGCAGCAGCAUUUGUUGAAAAUAGUUUCUAUGUCGAUGAUGGGCUAGUGAGUGUUCCAACAGUUAAGGAGGCCUCUGAACUGAUAGUUGAAGCACAAGAGUUGUGUAAAAGAGGGGGCCUACGACUCCACAAAUUCAAUUCGAAUGAAAGUGAGGCUCUUCAUUGUCUUGAGGCAUCCGAAAGGGCUUCGAGGGUCGGACAUCUUGCCCUCAAUCCUGAUUCAGCAUCAGUAGAACAUGCACUGGGUAUUCAGUGGCUGAUUGAAGAUGACCGUUUUAGCUUUGAUAUAAACCUGAAAGACCGACCAGACACACGGCGUGGCAUUCUAUCAGUCAUAGCUUCAUUGUAUGAUCCUCUGGGCUUUGUAGCUCCAUUUGUCCUGAGUGGAAAGUGCAUUCUGCAAGAACUAUGUCGUCGGAGCAUUGGAUGGGAUGAUCUACUCCCUGAGGACUUGCUUCCACGGUGGGAGGAAUGGAAGACUGGUCUCCGAGGUCUUAAAGGAGUCUGGAUCCCAAGAUGUUAUUUCCCACAAGACUUUGGCAAGGUUGUGAGGGUAGAAUUGCACCACUUUGCAGACGCUAGUAGUGUAGGCUAUGGUGCAUGCUCUUAUCUUAGAUAUAAGGAUGUUCGGAACAAAAUUCAUUGCAGUUUUGUCAUGGCGAAGGCUAGGGUUGCGCCAUCAAAGAUUACAAGCAUUCCCCGUUUAGAACUUUCAGCUGCUGUGGUUGCAGCUAGAUUGAGCAGCCUGCUGAAGUCAGAACUAAAUAUGAAGAUUGACGAGGAAUUCUUCUGGACAGAUUCUCAAGUCACUCUAGCAUACAUAAACAAUGAAGCAAGGAGAUUCCACAUCUUUGUGGCAAAUCGUGUUCAGCUUAUACGAGAGUACACCAAUCCAAACCAGUGGCAUCACGUCGAUACUACAGAAAAUCCAGCUGAUCACGCCUCUAGGGGGCUCCAUGCAUCAGACAUUUUAGCAUCAACCUGGCUAUCGGGUCCUGAAUUUUUGUGGAAGGAAGAGAUCAAUCCGGAACCUACUUUGUCACCUGACCUAUUGAAUGCGUGGGAACAGAUUUGUAGGCGGAUCUUCUGCCAUGGAUCUUGUGCACGUCAAGCGAAGCGACGCAUAACGGUCGACCACCAGAGAAGACACGAAAAGAAUGGGGCACAGGAGAAGAUACAACGGGACAACGAGAAGAGAAAACCGCAAUUAAACGGAUCCUCGGAUGUAAAUAUCCAACGUGCUGUGGCACUCCGUGGCCUUCCUUUCUACCUCCAUGAAGAUGAUGGCACUUUUAUAAAGACAUGGGAUGGAUCCUCGGAUGUAAAUAUCCCACACACUGUGGCACUCAGUGGCCUUCCUUUCUACCUCCAUGAAGAUGAUGGCCCUUUUAUAAAGACAUGGGAUGUCUCUCAAUCGGAGUUCAAGAUGAGGAAACCCAGCCCGAUUUGUCGCCGAUUGGAUCUUGCUCUGCAGGCUGGAAUCCUGCACAUUUAUCUCUUCUGCUUCCGUUCCACUUUUGCUGGAACCAAUCGCAUCCUGGCUUAUCCAUCAGACGCACCAGGAUCGUGGUCUGAUUGGUUGAAGGACUAUCCAAGCGUACAGAGACAUUUGAACUAUGCAAAUUCAUCACGCCUCUUGUCCAGUAGAAAUACAGCGCAGACUCCCCAGACAAAUGUUCAAUCUCAAAAGACUGAGCUUGGUGAUAGCCAAGCUACGAACUCCAAUGUUUUUGUAAUGUAUUCAUUAAUUGUUCCCUGAACAUAUUCAAUGAUUUGUUGAUGGUUGACGUUAUUGUCCAAUGUUUUUUUAUAAUUAUUAUUUUAAUACUAUCAUCUCCUACCA